GAUAGAGAAGCGAACUAAAAAAAUGGUGUAUACCAUCUAAAGUAUGCAAAUUGACUUUGAGAGGUUAGAUACUUUAUUAAUGACACAAAGAUCAUAGAUGUAUGAACUAUAUACAGUUUCAGUCAACUAUCGUCGAUAUUAUAAUGAAAUAAGCGUGCCUGAAAUGAGACCCCUUCAAAAAUAUUUUCUAGCUCUUCACUCUCCGCUAAGACGUGAACCUUUAUUUUUUUCGUGUUGUUGCAAGAUGCCAGCAGAAUUAAGUAAUUAUGAGUUGAAAAGAAAGCUAAACAUGGAAGAAAACCAGAAUAUUCUACGGGAACUAGGUUUGGGUGUACCUACGGGUAUAGCAGCUGACAUUCCUUCAAUUGGACGACAUGAAAAGGAAAACAAGAAAGUCAAACGAUACUAUAGAGCACCACCCAAGUCAAAAACGCCCAAGACACCUGUAAGACUAUCACGAAGAAUUCGAGGAGAAACUCCUGAAGAGAUAACUGAGUUGGAUGAAAUAGUAGAUGAAAAUGAUAGAAUACGUCAGCUGGAUAUAGCGGAAAGACCAAAUGAAGCAGACAAGGAUGAUUCUCUGCCCGCGAUUGAAAACAUAUACGUACCUCUAACACUAAGGAGCAUUGGCACGACUAUUUGGUCACUAGGAACGUUAAAUACUGGCAAAGGCAGGUCAAAAUCAUGGAGUAGUAGAGGAUGCAAAUACAAGCACCCUUAUCCUAUUGGAUACAGAGCAACAAAAUCACACUUUGGCAAUGAAUACACAAUGGGAAUUGAAGCAAACUCUAAUGGAGAACCUGUAUUUACUGUGCAAUUGAACUCUACUACUUUUACUGGAAAAACUCCAACUGCCCCAUGGACUGAAGCAUGUAUAAGGAGUAAAUCAAGUAGUACGCGUGUGAGUGGGCCACUGUUCUUUGGCUUUUCUGAUCCACUGACAAUGUGUUUAAUCGAAAACAUGGAAGGAUACCAAGAAGCAAGCUUACCAGAGGAAAACUCUGAUUAAAGUAACGCAUAGCAUAUUAAAAUAAUUCAAAAGUUUACUCUUCAUACAGGCUUUUCAGGUCAGUUAAUAAAAUCGCCCCAUUCAUUUCAUUUAGUUUUCUGCUGUGCAAUUGUAACCAUGACAAUAGAGCAUUAUGAUUUAGCUAUGAAUUGCUUAUUCUAACAUUUUCAAAGUACUUUUUGGUCAUAAUAGUAUGGUGAUGUAUGGCUAUAGAUGCUUAGCUUAAUACUCUAUUUUCUUCGCUAGUUAAUUUUAUGAACAUAGAAGCUUUUAUCACUUUAAUAAGAGUUUAUGCAGAAAGGCGUAGCAUAAAAUCUUGAUCCACC